CUCGUCCUGCUCCUCCUUGUCCCGCCUUCGUCCCCGCAGCGGCAUGAGCUCCAAGAAGAAGAAGAAGGCCUCCGCGAGAGCUUCCUGCUCUGCAUCUCCCGCCUGUCGCCGGGCACCGACGACCCGUCCGAGCUCGUCCACGCGCCGGCGGAAGCCUCCUACGAACCCCUCCUCGCCUCCACCAUCCAGAACCUCCGCUUCGCCUCGCCGCGGACGCCGAGGCCGUCGCUGCUCGUCACGCCCAGGACCGUCCCCGAGGUGCAGGCGUCCGUGGCCUGCUGCAAGGCCCACGGCCUCACGGUCCGCGCCCGCAGCGGCGGCCACGACUACGAGGGCCUCUCCUACCGCGCGCUCCGUCCCAGCGGAGGUCGCCCGUUCGCCGUCAUCGACGUCGCCGCGCUCCGGGCGGUGCGGGUCGACGCGGCGCGCCGUGAAGCGCGCGCCGAGCCUGCGGUCACGCUCGGGGAGCUCUACUACGCGGUGGCGGAAGGGAGCGACGGGGCGCUCGGCUUCCCCGCAGGGAUCUGUCCCACGGUCUGCGUCGGCGGGCACCUCAGCGGGGGCGGGUUCGGCCCGAUGAUGCGCAGGCACGGCCUCGCCGCCGACAACGUCGUGGACGCCGAGGUGGUGGACGCGGAGGGGAGGCUGCUGGACCGGGAGGCCAUGGGGGAGGACCUCUUCUGGGCGAUCAGGGGCGGCGGCGGUGGCAGCUUCGGUAUCGUCGUUUCUUGGACCGUGAGGCUGGUCCCCGUCCCGAGCGUCGUUUCCGCCUUCACCGUCCGCCGGCUUGUUCGGCGAGGAGGGGAGGACAAACAAGCGAUGCUCCGUCUUCUGACCAGAUGGCAGCUCGUGGCACACGCCCUCCCGGACGAUCUCUUCGUCAAGGCGGCCAUGGAGCCCAAGGUCGACGACGACGGCGAGAGGCGGCCGUUGGUGGUGUUCAAGUCACUCUUUCUCGGAAAUUGCAGCGGCAUGAUCUCACAAUUGAACAACCAUCUGCCUGAGCUAGGAAUCAAGCCGAGCGACUGCAGAGAGAUGAACUGGAUUCAGUCCAUGCUCUACUUCUACGGCUACACCAACGGCCAACCUGCAGAAGUGUUUCUUGACAGAACGCUCCAACCCAAAGAGUACUACAAGGUCAAAUUGGACUACCUGACAUCGCCAAUUCCGACGGCCGGUCUAGCCGUACUGCUCGACAAGAUCGUCGACGAUCAGGGCGGCUCGAUCGACAUCGACCCGCAGGGCGGGAGGAUGGGCGAGAUACCGGAGCCCGAUACGCCGUACGCCCACCGGCGAGGGUACCUCUACAACGUCCAGUACUUCGUCAAGUGGGG